CGAGAGAAUUGCGAAACGUCAUGUAUGUAAAUGUACUUCAGAACAAAUUCAGUUAUUGUACAGGUGGCGGGCAAAGUUAUUGAUAACUGAAAUAUCACAUCAGUGUUUAACUAUUUGAGUGAAGUCAGUUUUUGCAACGUAACAAAAGUAAUGCAUACGAAAAAUGCGAAAUUCAAAAAAUCGCUUAUAUCAAUCGCGCUAAUGGUUACGUUCGCAAGUCCCGGUCGAUCGCGUGCACAUAAUAUUUUCGAUAUUCAGCAGCGUUGCAACAACGAUGAAGGUAUGGGAUUGUGUGUACCCCACAAUCAGUGUAGAACUAAAAAAUCUUCGAUAUAUUUUUAUCGUGACGAAUGCGAGGAGAUCGAUGGUGUUUUGCAAAUUUGUUGUUCGAAAGCACAAAUGACGGUAAAUGAGACGGCGAUAGCCACUGCAAGGGGAGCCACGUGUCCCGUACGUUACAAAACUAUUGCAAAUAACUCAACAAGUAAACAACGGGAAUAUCCUUUUAUGUAUGCUUUAGGUUGGCAGUCGAAAGGCGAUAACAUAACAAUCAAGUAUAAUUGUGGUGUUGCACUAAUAUCAGCCAAUUUCGCAAUAACGGCAGCUCAUUGCUUGCACGAUGAGGAAGGUUCGCCUACAUUAUUGCGUGCAGGUGGGCGCAAUUUGAAUGACACCUUAACACCGAAUAUAAAAAUUUCUGAAUGUAUCGAGCAUCCUAACUACAGCCAUCCAGCUAUAUAUAAUGAUAUAGCUUUAAUUAAAUUAGCGAAGCCUGUAAUAUCUGAUGAGUCUUUCGCAUGCCUUUGGACAGAAAAGCAUAUAGAAGAUCAUAGUGAUGUCAUUCUCUUGGGUUAUGGACAAAUCUCGUUUCCUCACAUAUCGCCGGAGCUUUUAUUAAAAAUUGAUUUGAAAAUUCAUUCGCAAAAUGAUUGCGAUCGGGAUCAUCCACCCGGCAACUUAUUGGGACCUCUUAAAAAUGGAAUAUCGGAUAAGCAAAUUUGUGCGAUCGAUUCCAAAAAAAUUCGAGAUCACUGUCCGGAGGAUUCUAGCGGACCUUUAGUGAAACUUGUUCAUAACGAUUUGUACACAGUGCCGUACAUUGUGGGCAUCACCUCAAUUGGCGUCGGUUGCGCUUCAACUAUACCUGGCAUAUACACUAGAGUCUCCGACUAUGUACCUUGGAUAGAGAAUAUAAUUAGGGGAAAUUCGUCACUUGCAUGAACACAUAGAACAAAAGUGAAUUGCUUAAGAUAUAUAUUGAAAAAAAAAA